AUAUAAUGCUGCUCCUCUUCCUUGAUGGCCGGGCAGCAUGCUACUUGCCCUCGCAAUGUCUACAGCUUCUUACGAGCUGCGAGGUCGUCGGCGUCGGCGUCUAUGGUACAUCAGAAGAUCAGCAACAGAUGACUCUUGAUGCUCCACUACAACUGUGCCACUCGAAGAUGGGUCGGGAACGUGUAGAGACUGCAUGCAGUGUCAUAGGCGGCGAGUCGAUCGUCGAUCGUGUUGAUAUGACUGUAUUGUAUGUGUCUUUCGGUCGCGCAGCAAAUUGCAAUGCUACUGAUGCACGAUACUUCCCUUGCGCUUGUCAUGCUGCAAACACCAGGAAAGCUUGCUGUCAGGGCCUCAUUGAUGCCCGCCAGCAGGUUAAAUACCCAUAGUGAGCAGGACAUACAAACCGCAAUAUCUCCACCCCAAAGUGACAUCCAAUAAUGCGCUUACUUCUAUGCAUGAUCCUCUACCUCGUUGGAGUGGUCCAAGCCGCACCUACUACCAAUGCAACUACUACCAGCGAGUAUUUUGAAACACCAUCAUUCACGAAUAGAACCCUGUGGAACAUCAUUUCGAGCUCCGUUCUCACUCUUUUCGCAUGUAUAUAUAGCGCUAUCCAUCCAAAUAUCCCGAGUCCUAAGGACAGCCCAUUUCGUAUCCUACGGAGGCGACUUGGCACCAUGAUAGUGGCACUAAUUGCUCCUGAACUGGUCGUAGUGUGGGCUAUGCGCCAGUGGAUCAGCGCUCGUAAUGUUACGAAACAGUUCAAGGAAUCAGGGUGUUUCAAUGUUCCUCGGCCGCAGAAUCAAUCUGAAAAUCAUGAGUUGGCUGAAGUGCCUGCGGAGCAAGUUGCUGCUUCUGAAGAUCAUGAUAGAGCCCGGCUUCUCGAUGCGCCUUCUGAAGGAACCGUCUGUACUGGUGUUUCUUCGGCAGUUCAUAUUACUCCAGUGUCCGCUUCAAGAUAUGGGGGAACUCGUCUUCUUGCGAAGCCAGUCAAAAAGUUAUUUCAAGCUUACUUUUCAGUUCAAUCCGAAGAUUACGCGUGGACUCAGACCCACAGCUUCUUUGUGCUGAUGGGCGGCUUUAUGCUUUAUGUAGAUGGGGAACCCUACAGUACACUACUGCCUGACGAGGUUCUCAACAUGAUACGUAAAGGGUUUAUUGAUGCCCCUACCCUAACGGCAAAGCAGAUCUGCGACAAGAGCAAAGGCAAUGUGAUAUCGAAAGGAUUGAUCAUCCUUCAGGUAGCCUGGUUCAUCCUGCAGCUCAUCACCCGCGCGAUUUAUCACCUCGAAACCACCCAGCUGGAAACAGGGACGCUCGCCUUUGCGGUUCUCAAUUUCCUGACCUAUGCUCUGUGGUGGAAUAAGCCUCUCGAUGUGCAGUGUCCAUAUCCGGUGUUUUGGAAGUCGACCGAGUCAAAACCAAAGAGGGACACUAGUGUUGACUACUAUGAUGAUAAUGGAGAGGAUGCAUAGGCUCCGAGUUCCUACAUUUGAUGGCAGCCUUGAAGUACGUGGAUGGGACAAGUGGAUACUUAUAUUUGCCGGGAUUCUGAUGGUCCAACUUCGACUGUUGGAUUAACGAAGGCGAUCUAACGCGAAGGCUCAGUAGGUUGGGCUGAGUCCGAGCUUUUAGCUCGGGCUGGACGCUGAAGGAUUGAUCCGCUUACCCUAAUGCUGGUGAGCUCCGACCGCGGCUGACUUCAGCGGCCAAACCCAACCGAGCGAGCUAGCUCAUGCGUGGGAUGUGUGAUUGCUUGCUAGGCCGCCCAGGUGCUGCGCUCUGGAGUUCGAACCACACUUUUUACAAUCUGCCGCAAAACUGCUCAAUACUAAUGUUAUGAUUCGGAGUGUGUUGUCCGACGGUCCGAGGCCGAUACAGACAGAUUGGCCUGACAUGCAAAUUUAAGUGAAAAAAACAAACAUACUU